AAUACUGAGUAUUCAAUCACUGUAUGCUUUCAUUUUAUGUAAAUUUACAUAAACAGCCAAAGCCAAAAUGACUAGAAUAAAUUCACUUUCAUGCUGAACUAACCGGUCGUUGGUGGAAUAUAAACUUAUAACAAAAAUUAUGUUGUCUUUCAUUCCAUUGACAAUUUAUAUAUUGACAUAUCUGAAUAUAGCCAAAGGCGGUCAUUUAUCAGUUAGUGUUAAUCUACAAAGCUGUGAUUACAGUGUACGAACUCAAGCUGAUGGUACAUUGUGUGAUCAAGUGGAACGUUCAUUCUGUUUACCGGUAUUCAAAAUAUGCCUUCAUACAGAUAAUGAAAAUGUAUGCUCUCAACCACUUCCAAGAAACUUUGAACUUAUCAAAUCAAACCAAGGAAAUUCUGUGAUUUGGAAAAAUGCCAGUAACAUUGUCAAUUUGUCCACCGUAAUUGAUGAUCGAAGAUCUAUGGAUGGAGCGACACUAGAUAUUAAAGUAUUUAAUAAGGAUGACGAUGAAGGAAAUAUUGUCGACCGAUUCGCCUAUUAUCUAACAGAAAGACUUAACUCGCUUAGAUCUGGAAAACUAGUAACAUGGACUAAUACCACUCAAACAUCGAUUCGAGGUUCGAUGCAUUUGCAGCUAUCAAUUACAGCCAUAUACACUCCUGAUAAUGAUGAUAAUUAUAAAGAAAUAAUGAAGCAACCUCCUUCAACAGAGAUACAAUUAGUUGGUAAAGAAUCCAAAGACUAUCCAGAAUGGGUGAGAUUUUCUUGUUUCAUAGCAACUUCAGUAUUUCUUAAAGAUGUCUGUCUUAAAAUGGGCGUUCAGUGGAGAGAAAUCACACCAUAUGAGAAGAAUUUUGAUGAUUAUGAACUGACUAUAUUUCGCCUUUACCAUAUGUUUAAAGAAUGGUUUUAAUUUCUUUGUCAAGUAUCCUAAGUUAUAAAUGAUUUAUUAAUAUUACCAGUAAAUUUAUAUAAUAUCCAUUUUUUUAAACUUUUCCUGAAACCGCACCAAAAUACAUAUUUCCUGAUAAAAACAUCUACAAUCUGAAUAUGAAUGAUAGUUCGAACAACUCA